AUGCCCUGCCCCAACGGCUGUAGUGCCGACACCUGUUGCUGCUUGCCUUGGGAACCUAUCCCGAUCCAUGAAGACGGUCGCGGUAUGAGCACGGCAACUGAGCCUUUCCUCAUUCGUCAGUGGAAGUCCGUCGGUCCCAGUUCACCCUGGGGGUCCAUAAAAGGCUUGUCGCAAUUGGCAGGCGAUGCUGUGGCCGGUUGUACCGUAGACGGCGUAGACUCCUUUAUGUUGGUUAAAGAGGCCCUGGAAGCAAUAGAAGCGGGGAAACGAGUGAAUAUAAAAGGCUGGGAAUAUGUUGCACAGGGUUGUGAUGAUGCUGUUCACUUCGACGUCCAAAGUGAAUGCUUCCUGGCCAACAACAAAUCUCAGCUCGCCAGGAAGCUAUCUGAAGUCAUGCGUUGGGUAUUCGUGGCCACUCCAGGCACAGGCUCGGCCACCCACAUAGACCCCCUAGGUACUGCGGCAUGCACUUGGCUUACUGUUGGUCGUAAAGAGUGGCGUAUGGCCUCUGGUGCCCCCGCUGGUGUCGAGUCCUUGCCAUCGUUAUUCGAUUGUUCAUCUGACUUGAGCAGCUAUCGUCACCUCUAUUACUUCACUAUGGAGCCCGGAGAUCUCAUUUUCAUACCGCAGGGAUGCCUACAUGAGGUUAGGAAUUCAACCACUACUAUUGAAGUCACCCACAACUUCGUCCUCCAGCCAGCAGCGAUGUGGGGUGAAGUCCGGCGAGCAUUAUCAUUAGUGAUGGCGUAUGGUGCCCUAAGCCCGUUGGAGAACCACCCUAAAGUGGACUCGUUACUCUUUGGUAUGCUCAUGGCCUGCCUCUAUGGGGAAGUUGACAUGCCUGAGGAGGUCGCUGUGGAGGCUGAGAAGGCCAGGCAGUGUAUUGAUUUUACAGAAGACGAUGAUGAUGUUGAUAAUAAUAAUAGCUGA